AUGAAAGGCGAAUGUGUUGGAGGAAUCCCUCCCCCUGCUUGUGUGGUGGAAAGUUGCAUGCAGCUGCUGCCGGCGGUUGUUGCAACGUUGCUUUGCUGCGAGCUUCUUUGCAUGAGGCACGAAAAUCUGCAACGUUACCUCCUUUUUCUGUGGAAGAACAAUUUGCCGGCGUGUGUGGAAGUGUUUUUGGCGCCUGGUUGCCUGCAUGGUGAAUGGAAGUGCUCUCAAGUGGACGCUUACGCUGCUCCUGAGCAAGGAUAUAAAAUGCUGGAGCAGUGGACCAUUAAAAUAUCUCCGGCGACCAAGGAAGGUUUGCGUGGCGGACACAUGAGUGCCAGGAGCCUGUUGCAAGCCGUGCGGUCGUUUCUCCACUUCUCGCAGCUCGCCGCGUGGUUCAGUUCGAGCCAGGGCACGGCCCCCGAGAAUGUGUUCUACAGAGUCGGCGUGGCUGUGGACGCUUCCACCCAGCUCGCCCACGGGUUCCCUGACCCGGGCUCUGUGACCGAGCACGUGUUCCCGGCUGCCUGCGUGGACAACAACCGGGAGAUCAUCUCGAUAUCUGUCAAGUCUGCACCGAGGUCGGAAACUCUGCCGAACGUACCUUGCGCGCAUUGCUCGUCUGAAAGCGAAAAUGGGCCCAAGCCGGAAUCGAAUCCCGGGUGCUGUGCGGAUGAUGAGAAUCUUCGCCUGAGCGUGAUGAAGAGCCGCCUAACUGGCGGCAGUUGCGAGAACACGAGUUUGGGCGCCGUUGGAGGGCCGCCGAUUGGCGACGUGCUGCUGGACCCGCCGCAGAAGCUGGAGAAGUUUGUGAAGCGCUACCAGAGUCCAUCCAGGUCGGGGUCGCCGUGUGCGGAGGCGCCUGACCGCCUGUUUUUCAGGCCCAGGAGUGACUCAUUUGACAGAGAUUUGGGUCGUCCUCCCGAAUGUCCCUGGGAGUUCUCGAACCGAAGUUCUUGCGGACGUGUUUCACCAGGAACCAAGUGCAAUGAAAAGCAGGCUGUGUGUAAAAAGACCUCCGGUGCUCCGAAGACGCCUUUGUCUGCUGCGUUCCAGCUCACACCGCGGGAAGUUCGGGAAGUGCUCUCCGUUCUCAGGAAACCAUGUGGUGGUGGAGGCAGCCAGCGCACUCGGAAGACGCUGGCUGGUCGCUGUGAUACACCUUCGCAAGAUAACAAACCGCCGGAAUUGCUCCGCGGUGCUGCACUGCGAACGAGUAAAGAGGAAUCUGUUGCCGCUACUUGCAAGGAGUCCGUUGAAAAUGGGCAUACCAGUGUGCAGACAUGUGUCGACGCCCGCGUGAUCAAAGAGCGUACGCUCAAGUAUAAAUGUCUUUCCAACUCCCUGCCGGUGGAACAGGACUCCAUCAGCAGCAAGAGCCGUGUUACUCGAGCGUCGACGUCAUUACCAGUCAAGAAACAGUCCCCAUUGGCAUUGAUCGCUUCGUCGCUGCGUGCGGAUGCCGUGAAAAGGGACGAAAACGCUUUGGAUUGUAAUAGUCAAGACUCGCAAAAGUCGCAUGCGCGCAGGGCACUAACAUUCGAUGGCCAAGCCUCUCGCUGUGUGGAUUCGGAACCUGUGGUAAAUGAGGAGAAACGUGAGAAACCCGGCGAAGAUGAUCGUGAAGAAGAGGACGAAGACAUCGAGGAAGAAUCUUUGCAUGUUUCCGAGGCUCGGUUGGCCAAGCGGGAUGUGCCUUCGCGGACUGCGCAGGACGAGUUUCGCAGAUCGCUGGAUUCCGCAGCGUCGUUGGUUUUUCAUCAGAGGACGGGCUUGCCACUGACUUCGUCACCUGCCCCGGCCAGACGCGGAAAGGCGUCUGAUUUCGGUUUUGACUCGAGUUUGACUUCCGUCCACGCUAUCAAAAGCGCAUUGUAUGACGCAGAACCGGUGGUCGAAGCUGAGAAGUCGUUUCAAAAUGCCAACACGAAGCUGGAAAGAAGAAGAAUGCGUCUACAACACUCAUUGGUGGAUUCACCGCCUCGUCCCAUGAGUUGCUCGGCACCUCCGGCGUCGGUGAUCUCAUCCUCCUUGCUGGGCAAUUUCGAAGAGUCGGUGCUGAAUGGUCGCCUGGAACCCGUGAGCACCGUGGAGGGGUUCUAUGCGGAGAUCGGCGCCAGUGGGUCCUUUUGUCCCAAGCACCUCACUGUGCCCGUCACUGUGUUUUUCUACACGCUCUGUGAUAAUGACCAGGUCUCGUCGCCGUACCUGGGGCAUAUAAAUUUGGGGAAGAAGGGCUACCGGGUUCCGAAGCAGGGAACCAUACAAGUCACGCUUUUCAACCCGCUGCGGACAGUUGUGAAGAUGUUCGUCAUCGUGUACGACUUGUCUCAGAUGCCGCCCAAUUGUCGGACGUUCCUCCGGCAGCGAACUCUUUACAUGCCUGUGGGGGCGUCCGAUCAACAUACGGACGCCCAGAAGUGGUUGCGCUACCUCAUCCACUUGAGGUUUGCUUCUACCAAGUCCGGUCACAUCUAUCUACACACGGACAUCAGAAUGAUCGUAUUUCGGAAAUCUGAUAUGGAUGCUGCCAUGUUGCACAAGAAGGGAGGAACAGCGUACGAACUGAGAUCCUUCACUCGCGGCCCCCUGAACCCGCAAUUUUCACCGAGAGAAGGGAACUGAAGAUUUUUCGAUAUCUUUUCAAUGCUUAUGUGGUUUGCAGUGGAUGUAUCGCGUAUUACUAUGGUUUCUCUAUGGUCGCAUCUAAACGCGGAUUUUGUUCGAAUGCUUCUCUUCAUUCCUUGUUGCAUGCAUAAGCGGGUGGUGAUGCUUGGGUUUGUCCUGUUGAAUUCACGGAUGGUCGGGGAAACCGAUGGGGAAAGGUUGUGUGGUUUAGAUACGAGAUUUUUUUUUUGAACGAGAGCGAAAUAUAGGACAUUUUGAAGCUUGCCAAA